CCCUACCUCGCUAAUAUGAAGCUCUAUUGCGGGUUCCUUUUUUUGCUCUUCGCUUUGGGGUUUGCCAGGCCGCAGAACGGAAAUGGCAACGUAAAUAAAAAUUUCAACAAAGUCAAAAUUGGAGGUCAGGCUACGUCAGCUCCUAUUGCUCCAGCACCACCACCGGGUGGCCCAGGACCCGGUGGCCUAAGACCCGGUGUUCUAACACCUGGUGGACCAGAACCGGGAGGACCAGGAUCGGGCUGGCCAGGAUACGGUGGCCCAGAACCAGGGGGACCAGGACCCGGUGGCCCAGGACCGGGUUGGCCAGCACCGGGAGCGCCAGGACAGGGUUGGCCAGCACCUGGAGUCCCAGGACCUGGUGGCCCCGAACCGGGAGGUCUAGGACCAGGAGGCCCAGGACCAGGAAGCCCAGGACCAGGACGUCCAGGACCAGGAAGCCCAGGAAGCCCAGGACCAGGACUUCCAGGACCGGGAGGCCCAGGACCUGGUGGCGCAGGACCCGGUGCCCUAGGAUCUAGUGGCCCAGGACCCGGUGGCCCAGAAUCGGGAGGACUAGGACAAGGCUGGCCAGGAUACGGUGGCCCAGAACCAGGGGGGCCAGGACCCGGUGGCCCAGGAUCCGGUGGCCCAGGAUCCGGUGGCCCAGGACCGGGCUGGCCAGCACCGGGAGUCCAAGGACCUGAUGGCCCAAAACCUGGGGGGACAGGACCCGGUGGCCCAGGACUGAGUUGGCCAGCACCGGGAGUCCAAGGACCUGAUGGCCCAAAACCGGGAGGCCCAACACCUGGUGGAGCAGGACCUGGUGGCCCAGGACUGGGUUGGCCAGCACCGGGAGUCCAAGGACCUGAUGGCCCAAAACCUGGGGGGACAGGACCCGGUGGACCAGGACUGGGUUGGCCAGCACCGGGAGUCCAAGGACCUGAUGGCCCAAAACCUGGGGGGACAGGACCCGGUGGCCCAGGACUGGGUUGGCCAGCACCGGGAGUCCAAGGACCUGGUGGCCCCGAACCGGGAGGCCCAACACCUGGUGGAGCAGGACCUGGUGGCCCAGGACUGGGUUGGCCAGCACCGGGAGUCCAAGGACCUGAUGGCCCAAAACCUGGGGGGACAGGACCCGGUGGCCCAGGACUGGGUUGGCCAGCACCGGGAGUCCAAGGACCUGAUGGCCCAAAACCUGGGGGGACAGGACCCGGUGGCCCAGGACUGGGUUGGCCAGCACCGGGAGUCCAAGGACCUGAUGGCCCAAAACCUGGGGGGACAGGACCUGGUGGCCCAGGACCCGGUCGCCCAACACCUGCUGUUCAAGGACCCGAUGGCCCUGAACCGGCAGGCCCAGGACCGGACUGGUCAGGACCGGGGGGGCCAAAACCCGGUGGUCCAGGACCGGGUUGGACAGCACCGGGAGCGCCAGGAGAGGGUUGGCCAGCACCUGGAGUCCCAGGACCUGAUGGCCACGAACCGGGAGGUCCAGGACCAGGAGGCCCAGGACCAGGAAGCCCAGGACCUGGACUUCCAGGACCGGGAGGCCCAGGACCUGGUGGCGCAGGACCCGGUGCCCUAGGAUCUAGUGGCCAAGGAGCCGGUGGCCCAGAAUCGGGAGAACAAGGACAAGGCUGGCCAGGAUACGGUGGCUCAGAACCAGGGGGGCCAGGACCCGGUGGCCCAGGACCGGGAGGCCCAGGAUCUAGUGGCCCAGUAGCCGGCAACACAGGACCUGGUGGCCCAGGACCUGUUGGCCUAGGACCCGGUGGCAUAACACCAGGAGGCCCAGGACCUGGUGGGCCAGGACCCGAUGGGCCAGGACCUGGUGGCCCAACACCUGGACGCCCAACACCGGGUUGGCAGGGUUGGCCGGGUUUUCAAGAACAGUACAGACUAGGCCUGGUUUACGGAUAGGGAAUAGUUAGAAAUUAACAGUCUAAGCCGGCUGAUCGUAUGCAAUCCCCCCAAAAUCAUAUGAAUCUCAUUGAUUAAUGGUUAAGCAGAAAAGUUAAGGAUGAAAUUAAAUCUGAUCUUUAAUUAAUUUUAUUUUCAACCAUUUCAUUGAAAA